GGAGCUCCGGGGCGAGCAGAAUCGCUGCAGUCCCCAAAGGUCAGCCGUGAAGCUUUCCUCAGUAAGGCGGGCACUGGCUUUUGAUCUCUAAACAUCACGGCUUGAUCUCUGAACGCCGCCCGCAGUCGUGCAGCGGCCAGCGUUGUUUACGAGCAGAGAAAGGCUGGGCGACCCUCCUCUCCCCUCGGGGCCACGUCCAGGGAAAGUCAGAGUGCUCUGCUCCCCGGAAGCGACCUUCACGGCUGUCACACGUGUGGCCUCUCCCCUACACACCCCGCGCUUAUCUCCGCAGCCUUGACUGCGCCAGCCCCCGCGCAGAGCUACCAGCCGGCCCGGGUCGCGUCGGGCCCGACGCCGCAUGAGGAGCGGACCCGCCCGCCCUGCCUGGCCCGGAAACGGGGUGAAAGGGGAAGCGGGAGGCGGGGAGGAGGCCGGCGCUGCCGUGGGGCAGGCACUGGCUCCAGGCAGCGGGGCGGCUCCCGACGCGUCGCAGCCCUGAUAAAGCGGCCCCGCGGGCGGUCCGGCGGUGUCGGCCAUGGCGUGGGGCUGCUCGCUGUACCUGGCGCUGGCGGGCGGCGCGGUCCUGGCCCUGCUGGUGCAGGUACUGCGCUGGCUGCGGGCCGAUGGCGACCUCACGCUGCUGUGGGCCGAGUGGCGGGGCAAGAAGCCAGAAAAUGAACUGCGUGGCAAGGUUGUCUGGGUGACAGGAGCUUCGAGUGGAAUAGGAGAAGAACUGGCUUACCAGCUGUCAAAGAUAGGAGCCUUGCUUGCCAUCUCAGCAAGAAGAGAGGAUGAGCUGGAAAGAGUGAAGAAGAAAUGCCUUCAGAUAAGCAGCUUGGAUGAAAAAGACAUCCUUGUUCUGCGUCUUGACUUGACUGAUAGAAGCUCUCAUGAAGCUGCAACCAACAGUGUUCUUAAGCAUUUUGGCAAGAUUGAUGUUUUGGUCAACAACGGUGGACGUUCCCAGCGCUCCUUGUUUGUGGAUACAAACCUGGAUGUCUACAGUGCCAUAAUGGAACUCAACUACCUGGGUACAAUCUCUUUAACAAAACAUGUCCUGAAUCACAUGAUCCAAAGGAAAAAAGGAAGGAUUGUUACUGUGAGCAGUGUGAUGGGUAUCAUGGGAGCUCCCCUUGCCUCUGGGUACGGUGCCAGCAAACAUGCUCUGCAGGGCUUUUUUAAUUGUCUUCGGACUGAGCUGACCGACUACCCCAAUAUCAGUAUUAUCAACAUAUGCCCAGGGCCUGUACAGUCCAAGAUUAUACAAAAUGUCUUUACGGAGAAUCUUGCAAAGUCCAUAGAGAACAGCGGUGAUCAGUCCCACAAGAUGCCGACCGACCGCUGCGUCCGGCUCAUCCUGGUGAGCACAGCCAAUGACCUGAAGGAGGCUUGGAUCAGUGACCACCCCUACCUGGCUGUUUGCUACCUCUGGCAGUACGCGCCCACGUGGGCAUGGUGGCUGAUGAACAAAAUGGGCAAGAGGAGGAUACAGAACUUUAAGAGCGGAGUGGAUGCCGAUGCCUCAUAUUCAAGAAAGAAGAAGUAAGGAGAAGCGUGUACAAAACCCUGUUGCUCUUGUGCUAAAGUGGAGAAACUAUUUUCAUAUUGUGUGACUGCAAACAGCAGCUUUUUUUUCUUUUUUAAUCUGUUGUACCUUUGUCAUCAUGUAACCCGACAAAUCUAUCAAGCUGUAUACACACUUGACUAAAUAAAAAUCUUUCUAAACAUA